GCCUACAUGUGUUGAUAGAGAUGUGAAAUAGAAUAUAGAAUAAGAAAUAAUAUAGAUAUUUGUAUCUACAGAUCAUCAGAUCGAGUUUCUCGAAUGCUGCAGGAUCUUUUCAUUAACUUCACUUUAUUUUUUCUUUUCAGUGCUGUAAUGCUGUAAGUCUAAAGAAAGACAUCAUCCUUUUAGAGCUUUUGGGGGUCACAGUAGAAAUAAAAUAAAAUUCUAUUAUCUCACAGAAACAUUCGUAUCAUAAACCAUCAAGAGAAGACGAUUUAAUGGUCUGAGCGAUGCAGAAGGUUUUCAUAUACAGUAUAUAUAUUUAAUAUAUUUGAGUUUAAUGAAGUCAUAGAGGAGCCUGAAGAGUUUCUCAGAGAAAUGAUCAAACAGAGCAGAACAAGAGAAUGAGGGCAAUUGAAAGGCGUUUGAGGUUUCCUCUUCCUGUAGAGAAACUCAGAGACACACAGAGAGACAGAGACGCUGCGUGUGAGACUGUUUCACAUUCACUUCAGGACAUUAAAUCAUCAGAAGCCAUGAUUCUCAUCAGCUUCAUGUGUCUGCUGCUCGCCGCGGCUGUGAAUCCAGCUCAGGGUCAAGCAAUACACGAGAUCAAAUCAGAUGGUGUCGUUAUCCUUUGCUCUGGAGGUGAGGAUGGUGCAGUAUCGUGGGUUAAGGGCAAAAACGGAAUUGCAGGCCAAACCAAUGCAACACUUGAAGUUAAAGCUGAUCAGGGAAGAGUUGAAGGAUUCUACAGCUGUAAAUAUGGUGAUAUAACGCAUGUGUUCUACCUCAGAGUACAGGUGUGUGAGAACUGCUAUGAGCUGAGCAGGGUGAAGGCCACGGUCAUCAUAUUUGGUGAUUUACUGAUCACAGGAGUAGUUAUUCUCAUCAUCUUCAUCAUCUCUAACAAGAACUCUGGCGGCACACACAAGAGAGGUACAGUAAAUACACCACAUCAACUCUGAUCUCACUCCAAAACCCAAUCAGUCUACGGGACACUUCACACGUUCACACGCUCAUCACAAACCAGUUCAACACUAAACUCAACCAGACACAUUCCUGCAGUAAUACCAGAGUGAAACACAUUACACAUCUAAAGAACGAAAUACUCCUGAAACUACUGGAUGCAGCGGAACACCUACACAGCGUUAGUCUUACAACUUCAUUCUCAUUUCUACUAAACUGAGGAAUACUGCUGUGCUGUAAUGAAAACGAGAAACACUCCUGCUUAAUAAAGACAUUUGCAGAAGCACACAGUGUGAGAUUUGAGCUGUUUUAGCGGAUUGUUUUGUUGCUAGUGUGAUGAAGAACGACUUGAUCUGAGUCUGUUUUUUGCCAUGGAAAAAAUAUUUUUAGAAUACAAAG